AUGGCUUGGUUGUCAUGGAUGUGCCUCCUCUUCAUGCUCUUUAAUACAUGUUCAUCAUUUAACUCUUCCUCUUCUCUGUCUUCAAGGCAUUUAUGCCAUCCUGACGAUAGCUCUACUUUGCUUCAAUUCAAGAACUCCUUCUAUUCUAAUGGGACAAUUUUUUGGGAGAAAGGCAAGGAUUGUUGUGAAUGGAGUGGAGUUACUUGUGGAAAGGUGACUGGUCAUGUGAUCGGUCUCAACCUUGGUCUUAGUGGCCUUCAAGGCAAUAUCCAUUCCAAUAGCAGCUUAUUCUUUCUUCACCAUCUCGAGAGGUUAGACCUCUCGGAUAAUGAUUUCAGAGAAAAACAACAGGUGGUUCCUAUUCCUCGACACUUAACCGAGCUCGAUUUAUUUGAGAACUUACUCAACGGAACAAUACCAUCUUGGUUAGGUAGUUUGCCAUCAUUGGAGGUUCUUAGCGUGGGAAGCAACCAACUCAGCGGUGACAUCAUUGAAUUCCAAUCUAGUCAUUCCUUGACACGACUUGAUUUCAGUGAUAACAAGCUGCACGGCCUGAUUCCAAGAUCAAUCUUUGAACUUGAGAAGGUUACGGCGUUUGAUCUAUCAUCCAAUAACUUGAGUGGCAUUGUAGAGUUUGAAAAUUUUUCAAAACUCCAAAGUCUUUCUUACCUUAAUCUUUCCUCUAACCAUCUAUCCUUGAGUUUCCACCAUUUCAGUAACAACACUUGGCCUCAACUUUCGAUCCUAGCUUUGUUGUCUUGCAACAUAAGUGAGUUCCCAUACUUUCUAAGAGCCUCACCAAACUUGGAGACGUUAGACCUUUCCCACAACAAAAUUCAAGGCAAGGUUCCCAAAUGGUUGUCGGCUGUGGUUAAAGAUUCGUUGAGGCAAUUGGAUCUUUCUUACAACUUUUUCACAGGUGCUUGCUUAGGAGACUUCAGUCAAAGCCUCUCUGUUUUGGAUUUGAGGAAGAAUAAAUUUGAUGGCAUGAUUCCUAUGACAUUUUCUAAGGGAAAUGUUUUGAGAAAUCUUGGCCUUGAUGGAAAUCAAUUGGAAGGACCCUUGCCGCCAUCUUUGCUCACAUGUAGAGAUUUGGAAGUUCUAGACGUGGGAAACAACAAAAUUCAUGACACCUUCCCUAAUUGGCUGGAAUCUCUUCCCAAGUUGCAAGUUCUUAUCUUGAGGUCUAACAAAUUCCAUGGUGCAAUAGGAAAUCCGACAUCUAAGUUUCCAUUCCAAAAAUUGUGCAUCAUGGACCUCUCCCACAAUCUGUUUAACGGUCUUUUGCCAACAAAAUAUUUUGAAAAUUUAGCUGCCAUGAUAAACUCACAAGAACAUGAACUGAAAUAUAUGGGAGAGGGCUACUAUCAUGACACCGUGGUAGUGACAGUUAAAGGCUUCGAAAUUGAAAUGGUUAAGAUCCAAACUUUCUUCACAAGUAUAGAUUUCUCAAACAACAGUUUUAUAGGAGAGAUUUCAAACGUUAUCGGUAAGCUUAAAUCAUUGAAGGGGCUUAACUUUUCAAAUAAUGAGCUUACAAGUACAAUUCCACCCUCAUUUGGCGAAUUGAGCAAUCUUGAAUGGUUAGAUCUCUCUUCAAAUGGACUUGUUGGAUUGUGUGGAUUGCCACUUUCUAAAACAUGUGGUGCACAUCAAUCACCACCAUCGUCAUUCAGACAAGAGGGUGAUUUGGAGCACUGGAAUGGUUUUGAUUGGAAGGUAGUGUUGAUGGGGUAUGCAUCUGGGGUGGUAAUUGGAAUUUCUGUGGCAUAUCUUGUACUCUCUAAUGGACAACCAAAUUGGCUUGUGAAAGUGAUAGGAAGAAAGCAACAUCGUAAAACUGUGAAAAUCACACAACGACGUGCUUGA